AUGUGGAAGUUCCAAAUAAGGAUCACGACUCGUAACAAGGACUUCAACCAGGCUCCUUUCCUUAAAGGCGCAUGGACUAAGAAGUUGGAUUUCUCACUUAGCUCAACCUCUCAACAAGCUCCUCAAAAUUCCAGAGAAGUUCAGGGAAUGUGGCAUGCUCUGUGUGCUUCAAAAACUAGUCGCAAACAUGGUGAAUAUCAUGCUUCACAAAAGCCACUAGCCAUGGAGGAUGAUAUUCGUUUUCCUUGGCCAGCAAAAAUGAAUACAGAAUCAAGAAAUCUCUAUAGAGCUUCUGAGCCGGAAUAUGUGGACGACGGGACUCCAAAGGUAACGAUUCCCCAACAUGUUUUGUUACAAGGACUAGAGAACCAUAAAGAGUAUAUAUUAGGACAGUUUUAUCAUUGUUAUACUCUAGCUGGUGGUCUAAUUCAUGUCGUAUUCAUUAAGAUAUGGGGAAGAAAUUGCAAGAUCACCAUUAGGAAACUUGGUGAAUCGAAUUAUCUUUUCCAUAUACCUGAUGAUUCAACUAGGAUUUGGGUUCUUCAAAGGGGACUUUGGCAUGUUGAUAAUUGUAUGAUGUUUGUUGCUGCUUGGACUCUCGAAGCUUCCUUAGCUAUUCAAGAGAUUAAAACUAUUCCGGUUUGGGUAACCUUGAAAAAAUUACCCAACAUUAUGUAUUCUAUUCCUGGAAUUAGUCACAUAGCCUCAGGUCUAGGUGCUGUCGUGGCAACUCACAAACCUCGAUGGGAUCUUAUUCUCAUGGGUGAAGCCAAAAUUUUGGUUGAGGUUGAGUUGAGCAAGGCUUUCCCACCAAGAAUCACUGAUAGUGAUAAAACAGGUUUUAUCUCUAUGGUUGUUGUAGAAUAUGCAUGGCUUCCUUCUCAAUGCAGGAGGUUUAGACAAUUAGGACAUAAGGUCAAGCACUACUUACAAGCAGAAAGUGGUUCUCAUCAACUUCCUGCCAAUUCAGCUCCGGCCCCUAGUAUCAAGGUGCUUCCUUGCAAAAGUUCAGUCGUAAUUAAUCCAAUAAUUCCCAAUGUGGAAGAUACCAGUAGGCCAGACAUUGCCUCGGAUUCUGAGAUUGCAGCUGAUUCUGAAGUUCCAGCUACGCAAGCAUCUCUUGAGUCUCCUCUUCUGGAGACUGCCCAUACUACAGAAAUUCCAGCCGUGAAAGCGUUUUCAACCAUUCCAAAAUGUCUUGAGUCUCCUCUUUCGGAGCCUGUCCAAUCUAUUUCCGUCAAUGCCCCUACUACUGCUCAUACAGAUUCUACUCUUUAG